AUGGGGAUUGUGAAAGUUAACUCCGCCACACUUCGCCACAGCGCCCACCUAUCCUCCCGUCAGCAACCUCCUCGUCUCCAGCUUUCCAACGAGCCCUUAUUUGUCCCAAUUGGUGCAGUAGUUCUUGAGAUGUGGUCAUUGACAGGUGCUGUCAAGACCCGUGAAACUCUACUCCAUGCUGAACCAUCUGGAUAUGGGGUUGCCAUUCUGGGAAAUGCUCCGUGGGUAAAGGAGAAAGCCACUCUGGAGUGGAUGUGCAAUUAUGAGCUUGCCAAUAGAGAAUUUGCUACCCUUGGUGAAGGGGGAUUUGAAGUCUACCCAGCGUAUGCAUGCCCAGUGGAGCGCGGUGACAGUGAUAAGCCCAAAGCAUCCAAGUCCAAGCCAUAUGAUCAGCCACCUUUGCCAAUGAGGCGUACCAUGCCACCAGAGGAGGUGAAUACUGCACCAGCCCCCAAUCGGGCUUAUGUCAAGAUACCCCUGCCACCCAGGAUUCUGAAACAGCCACUGAUGCCACAGGAAGACGAGCCGAUGAUGGACGGAGAGUUCACCCCUAGAGAAAAAGGGAAACAAAGAGCCACUCCCUCCACAUCCUGUCCCCCUGCACCACAUAGUAUGCCUAAGUCCAAUACCACACAUAAUAAAGUCACUUUUGAGGAACCUAACACACCAGAUUCCCCAAAGACUCCAGCGUUGUAG